AUUGAGGAAGAAAACAAAGAAACAGCCUCUGACAUCCCAGGCUGGCCUGGUAUCACAACAGGGCGAUGCUGUUCUCCGGUUGGAUGUAGAGACUCUCAGAGAACACCAACCUCAGACCACGGUACCCUGAGAGCAUGAGGAAAUGGGACAGCAAACACCCAUCACUGUGCUGCCCCCAACACAACACUCCCUCCCUUGGCUGGAAAGCAUGACUGUCCUUCUUUACCGAUUAGACCUUUCUCCUCACUCCGUCUCCCCUCUCCAUAGAUGGAUUUACUGAGACACCUUCAGUGUGAACUGCCCCCCAUUCUCUGCAGCACCCGAUCUACAGAGGCCCCAUUUCCUUAGAGCCUCCCCCAAAUGACCUGACCUAAGCCCCAAUCCUAGAAUCUUUCUUUCCAACGCCUUCUUUCUGCGUUGCCCAGGGUUCUCCCUCAGGAAGAGUAACAAACAGCUUGUCCACUAUGGGAGUGUGCCUGAGGCUGCAGGCACUGACAGUGUGGGUGGAGAGAAUACACACAGGCAGGCCGCCAGGGGUAAGGUUGCCUAAAGCAGGUUCCUUUCGCUUUCCAAGCCGCCCUUGCUCUGCUCACUCCCCGGCUGGUCCCUUUCCCGCUCCUGUGCUUUGUUCUCAGACUUGAUCUUAACAACACAGUGUUCCUGUGUCCUUGGAUGCUUUCCUGCCCACCUGCUCUCCUGAAGUUCCACUUCCUCCAAAGCCAUUCGCCUCCCCCCUCGACCCUUCUGCCUCUAGUCUCAGGGCCUGGACAUCAGGUAUAUCUGGGCCCAGCGGGUGCGUGUGGUUAUUGCAGAGACGCACAGCUAGUGGCUGCAUCUGCAUAGCUGAGAACAACUGGAUCUUGUUCACACUCGGCCAGAGGAAGAUUCCUGGAGAAGAGGCAGAUACACUACGUGAAUAUCUGAAUGAGCUGAAAACAGACUUGGCCAUGGGCGAUCAAGACACACUCGAAGAAGACCAGCUGGACAGGGAGAGAUUUUUGGAGGAGUAUCCUCGGAUGAAGGAGGAGCUGGAGGAGGGCAUAACAAAGCUCUAUGCUCUCGCAGAGAAGGCUGACAAGCUCCACAGGGACUGCACCAUCUCCCAUGUGGCAGCCCACUCUGCUGGCACUGUGUCUGGUGUCCUGACCAUCCUUGGUCUGUCUCUGGCACCCGUGACAAUGGGGGCCAGUCUGGCACUCUUAGCCACUGGGUUAGGGCUGGGAGCAGCGGCUGCUGUGACCGAUGUAUCCACCACCAUCGUGGAACGUGUAAGCACGUUGGCAUUAGAAACCGAAGCCAGUCGCUAUACGUCAACGGCCGACAGCAAAGAGGAGGUGUUUGAGGGGGUUGUAUCUAACAGCACAGCCCAGUUUACUUCCUCUGUAGAGAAAGUCUUCCAAGCCAUGCAAGGCAUUGAGAACAACGUCCGUGCUAUCAAGGUGGCCAAAGGCAACCCUGGUUUAGCAGCCAGUGCUAAGCGCUUCACGACCACGGGGCAAGUCUCAGCGAAACGUGGCAAGCAGCUGCAGAAAGCCUUUGGAGGCACGGCUCUGGCAAUGACCAAAAAGGCCCGGAUUCAGGGUGUGGCCAGUGCAGGUCUCUCCCUUCUGAUGGAAGUGGCCUUCCUGGUGAAAGAGGCAAAGCACUUGCAUGAGGGGGCAAAGACGGAGCCGGCUGAAAGGCUGAGGCAGAAGGCCCAGGAGCUGGAGAAGAAGUUGGAGGAGCUCACCGACAUCUAUGAGAGUCUGCAGUAGGGCUGGACUCCACCCCCCCACCUCCC